AUGCAAUCGGACCCGCGCGAGAGCGUCGGGCAUCCACAACAGAACCUUCACCUCGACCAUCUUCCGCCCGAGCUGCUGAGCCAGAUCUUUGAAUGCCUGGUCCCAAAUGAGCCCGACUCCGGGGAGACGAGGCCUGUUGCCUAUGGGCAGCUCAACCCGGAGGAGUCGUGGUUCGAGGUGACGCGUCGCCAGAGCGGGUUGCGCAGCAGCUGUCUGGUCUCCCGCCAGUUCUACACCCUGGCGCGGCGCUUUCUCUACAGGUCCAUAUCCAUCAUCGAUGAGGUCGCCAUGGUGCUACUGCUGAGGACCCUGAUCGAGAAGCCCGCGUAUGGCCAAGAAACGCGAUACUUCUCGUGCCACCUGACCCUGACAGAGAGCUCGACCAUCAGGGAGAUCCGGAAAUACGCCAAGGAGAUCUUCAGGACGAUGGACCAGCAAUUGCUCCUGGGCCAGACUCACCCGCUGUUGAAAUACCUGACCACGCUGCAUAACCGCAAGAUGACCAUGGACGAGUACGACGAGAUACCCCAGAUGAUCCUGCUCUGCAUCCUGGUCCUCAUCCCCAAGAUAGACAAGAUGCUGCUGCAGAUUCCGCUUCACGAGGAUGACGCCGAGUACCGUGCAUUGCUCACGCACUUUCAUGCUGUGACGCUGAUGAACACCGAGGGCAGGGAAAAGUGGAGGGGGCACGCCGUUCCUUGUCAGCAUCUCACAAAGCUCGUUCUGCAGGGCGAUCCGGAGGAGAUGUCCGACGCGGAACAGGCCGCGAAGGAGGAUGGCGAGGCUGUCGGCGUCGAUGGAUCGAGGGCUGGCACCUACUGGCCCCUCUUGACGGCCUGCCCGGCGGUGACGAGUGUCGAGGUCACCAUCGGAAAUGGCGAUUGGCCAGAAUCCUCAUGGUUUGACCAGGACAAGCCUCUUUGGGCCUCGCUGCCACACGAGCUGAGGAACAUCAAGCAUUUGGAUCUGGUGGACAGCUUCGCUGCGCCUAGGGACGUGGCGGUGGCCCUUUCCUGCUUUCCGCAGCUCGAAUCGCUCUACUUUGAGCCCAAGUGGUCUCCCGAGAAUGUGGGCUGGGAGGACGAGGACGAUGUGAUCACCUUGGACUCAGCUUUGGAGAAGCACGGCCGGAGUCUACGGCGGUUAGACCUUGCCUGGUACGACUGCUCAGAUUGUCUGAUAUCCAUUAGCGAGGAGACCAUCCUCUCAUCCUUGCCUAAGCUCACCAACCUGGAGAUCCUCUACGUGCAGCUCGCGCUCCUGUUCACCGAAGGGAGGAGUUACAAAGACCGGGAGGUCAUCCUCGACUUCUCCAACCUCUUCCCGCCGUCGCUGGUCAUCCUGGUCUUGGAGGAGUGGUGGUGGAAUGACAGCAUGUAUUGGUUUCCGAGCGGCAACCUGCAAGAGGAGCACGUGAGGCCCGAGAAGCAUCUGCAGUACUGCGCGUCGCUCGAGUACUCGCUCAUCACUUUUGCGUCGAUCUGUCCCAAUCAGCUGCCGUCCCUCAAGGUGGUGAACUUCUUGGUCAGGUUGAGCCGCCCGUGGAUUGGUGGUGGCCCGGAGACGAUGGAGCAAAGGCUGGCCAAUGUCAAAAGUGCAUUCGCCAAGAACGGCAUCGAGUUUUCGACAUGGCAGAUUUGA